AUGGCAGCUGUGAUUGGAAAGAAACCGUGUGCUAAAUGUAAUAAGGGAGAAGGUGGAGGAGUGACAACUUGUAAUGGAUGUCGACAAAUCUUUUGUACUAAACAUUUCGUUGAACAUCGUUUGGAACUUUCACAUCAGAUGGAUACGAUCAGUCAAGAUCAUGAUAUUCUUCGAGAUGAGUUGGCGAAAGAUUCAUCAGCACAUUCGAUUCUCACUCGUAUUGAUAACUGGGAACAAGAAUCAAUCAGUCGAAUUCAAGCAGCAGCAGAAAAUGCUCGGAUAGAACUGCGACAAUAUGUAGACCGAACAAAAAGUGAUCUGAAAUGUUCAGUGGAAAAAAUGACAACAGAAUUACAAUUAUCUCAGAAAUCGGACGAUUUUACCGAAAAUGACUUAAAGCGAUGGACUGAAAAAUUGAAAGAACUCCGAAAGAAACUCGAUACUCCAGCAAUUUUAUCCAUCGAUAACGAAGAUGAGGUCAAAUCAUCGAUUACUUUGAUUCGAAUUCACGAGAAACAGCGGCCUUCUACGCCGACAAUUCGAACACCUGAUCAUCGAAGUCAUUGCCUUAAAGAAUCAAAUCAUACGAUGGCCGAUCGACAACAACGAUCAUCUACUCCUAUAUUACGAACAUGUGAUCAUCGUCAUCCUUCCAACAGAGAUCACAUUCCCACUCUCGCCGAUAAACAACAGCGUCCGUCAACUCCUACACUGCGACCACUGGAUCAUCGUCUGUCGAACUCAACGACGAUGGAAAAAUUCGAAGAAAUCGACGGAAAAGCUGUCCUAUCCGAAGAUAAUCUCGUCGUGACUUGUUGCUUAGCAUCCAUCCUAACACAACCGAUUGUCUACGGUGUUAAUCGAUACUCGACCGGUAAACAUCAAAUACGUUUCCGAAUUGAGAAGAUGGGCGAUCAACGUCUAUUCUUUGGAGUCAUUCGCUCACUCGAAAACAUCAGUCGAUCAGGUCAAGCACAAAACAAUAAUAACUUCUCGCUCUAUGGCUGGUGGGAUCUCAACGAAACGAUUGUUAAUGGUAAAACUCAAACAAGUAAAUAUCGAAGUAUUGUAACAACAGGUGAUGAACUGACAUUAAUCUUGGAUUGUGAGAAUAAGCAGAUCCAGUUACAACAUCAUCGAACAAAGCGCCUAGCACAAUGUUCACUCGAUCUUGACAAAUGCCCCUUUCCAUGGAAAAUUGUCAUUCGCUUACAAUCAGCCGGUGAUUGCAUACGUAUACUUCGAUAA